AUGGUCAUUGGUCCUGAUUUCUCUAAGACGGCAUACUUUGAAUGCCAUGGAACUGGCACAAGUGUCGGCGACCCUAUCGAAACCGGAGCAGUUGCCAGGGUGUUCGGAGAGAAGGGUAUUCACAUCACUUCCGUGAAGCCCAAUGUCGGUCACACCGAGGGUGCCUCUGGCCUCGUCUCGUUGAUCAAGGCUGUCAUGUCCCUGGAGAACCGUACAAUCCCACCAAACAUCAAGUUCAAUAUUCCGAACCCGAAGAUUCCUUUCAAGGAAGCCAAACUCACUGUUCCUGUUGAACCGACACCCUUCCCCGAGGAUCGCUGUGAGCGUGUCAGUGUGAACAGUUUCGGUCUUGGUGGGUCGAACGCGCAUGUUAUUGUCGACUCGGCAAGGAGCUUCAAUAUUCCCAAGCGGGCGGUCCGAGACGCAGACCUGGAUUCAGAGGCCAAGCUGCUUCUGUUCUCAACAGGUUCUGGUCCUUCAUUGAAAUCGACUAUCACACGCUACGAAGAGUGGGUCCAGGAACACGCCGAUGAACCCGAAAAGAUUAACGACCUUGCCUACACUCUCGCCAACAGGCGUGAGCAUCUCCCUCAUCGGGACUUCAAGGUCGUGGGUGCUAAUGACGCUCCGGCUUCCCAGGGCAGAAAGAUCCCUGGUCAGCCCGUGAACCUCGUCAUGGUAUUCACAGGUCAGGGAGCACAAUGGCCUCGCAUGGGUCGUGAGCUACUGUUGCGCGAUGAUUCAGUUUUCCAAAAGACUAUUAGGGCGCUGGACAAGCAUCUUCGAUCUAUCUCUCAGCCUCCGGAAUGGACGAUCGAAAAAGAGCUCUUGAAGUCAGCCAAGAUUUCGCAAGUUCAGAAGGCAGAGCUCUCGCAGCCACUAUGUACUGCCGUUCAGAUUGGUUUGGUUGAUCUCUUGGCAAGCGUCGGUGUCGAGCCCGCGGCAGUAGUCGGCCACAGCAGCGGUGAACUCGCUGGUGCGUACGCUGCUGGGGCGCUUACAGCAAAGGAAGCCAUCAUUGGAGCCUACCAACGUGGACAGGCUGCCAAGCUCCAGAAGAGAAAGGGUGCCAUGGCAGCUGUGGGUCUCGGCUGGGAUGAAGUCAAGCCGUAUCUGAACGCACCCCAUGUUGUCGUUGCGUGCGAGAACUCCCCUCAGAGUGUCACCCUCUCGGGUGAUGCCGAAGCGGUACAAGACACUGUCAACCGUAUCAAAGAAGCACACCCCGACAUCACAGCUCGACUUCUCAAGGUAGAAAAGGCAUACCACUCAUACCACAUGCGUGAGAUCGGAGCCGAGUAUCAUGCCAUGAUUGAGGAGCACCUCGAAGGCAAGCAAGCCACCAAGCCCUUCUUCUCUAGUGUUACUGGUACAGGAGAGCCAGAGCAACGCAAGUUGGAUGCCAAAUAUUGGCAGCAGAACCUUGAGUCGCCUGUGCUCUUCAGCCCUGCUGUAGCAGGUCUGCUGAAGCACGUCAAGAAUCCAGCCUUCCUUGAAGUCGGUCCACAUGGAGCUCUAGCCGGUCCCGCACGACAGAUCUUCGCUAAAGCAUCUGCUUCUCCGUCAUACCUUUCGGUAAUGACUCGUAACGAGGAUUGCGUGCAAUCAUACUUGACCGCUGUCGGCAAGCUCUUUGAGCUAAAUGUCCCGAUCAACUAUGAGGCCAUUGCCCCUGCCGGAGAAACGCUUCCAGAUCUUCCCCGUUACCCCUGGCACUAUGAUGGCGAGUUCUGGGCCGAGUCUCGCAUGUCCAAAGAGUGGAGAUUCCCCAAGUUCCCUAGGCACCCACUCCUAGGACGUCAACAGUUGGAGAGCACCAGCCUUGAGCCCAGCUGGAGGAACGUCAUUAACAUUGAAGAUGCUCCUUGGCUUCGAGACCACCAGGUUCAAGGCGCCAUUGUUUUCCCUGCCGCAGGCUACUUUGCAAUGGCGGGUGAGGCAAUUCGACAGCUGAGCGGCAUCGAAGAUUCUUACAGCCUUUCACAUAUGGUGCUCAGCCAGGCGCUGAUGUUGCAGGAGGGUGUUGAUACUGAGAUCGUUACAAAUCUCCGCCCUCUUCGUCUGACCGACACUACAGACAGCCAAUGGUGGGAAUUUUCAAUUGCCUCCUACAAUGGUAACUCAUGGGUGAAGCACUGCGUCGGCCGAGUGUCUGCUGUUCCAUCUGCCGGGCCAAAGCAGGCUGAAGAAGUCAAGUCGCUUCCUCGGAAGUUGGAUACCUUCAAGAUCUUUAACACUCUGGCCAAAUCUGGAAUGCAAUACGGCCCAGCAUUCCAGCGUCUGGAGGAGAUCAGCGCAGAUCCUAUAGAGACUAGGGCUGUGAGCAGCCUUACUAAGGACCUGAAUGGAGAUGAGAAUAAGUACCACCUCCACCCGACAGUCAUCGAUGCUGCUCUUCAAAUGGGACUCGUCGCUGCUAGAUCUGGCAAGCUUGAUGCAAACAACUGCGCCGCAAUGCCUACGUUGAUCGAGGAGGUGACCAUCUUCCGUAGCAACCCAGAGGCAGGAAUGUUUGCAACAGCAUCAACACAUGUUCAGCCUGGCAGUGGUGAAAUCCGAGGCCGUUUCCAAGUCAUUGCAGAAGGCAAGGCAGUGAUGGACAUGCCCAAGGCAGCAUUCACACCUAUCGAACAGGGUGAUAAGGAUGUCGUACACAAGCUUCCCAUCACCGCGCGUCUAAGCUGGCAGCCUCACGUCGACUUUGUCGAUGUGGCUUCUCUCAUCGAACCCAAGGUAGAUGGCGCGAAGUGGGCGCCUUUGUUCCAAGAGCUGACUGAGCUCUGCUACGUCUUUUUCCAGAGAUGUAUCGACGAUGUCAAAGUAGUGGAGAACCCCACGAUCCAGCGGUUCGCAGCCUGGGUUCGCCGUCAAUAUCAAACCCUGGAUAAGAGCCACCCAGCACAAGCUCUCAGUAUGGAACAGAUUGUUGAAAGAGCCCAUGCUAUCGGAGAAAGCUUGGCUGGAUCGCCGCUUGCUCCCGCUGCUGACAGUGUCUUGGAAGUUGGUGGAAAUAUUGUCGAGUUGUUGACCGGUGAAAAGACUAUCUUCGAAGUCCUCGCACAUGACGAUCUGCUUAACAAGCUCUAUAACGCAGCCAACACUACUGACAAGUCGGCAUUCCUCAAGAGCUUGGCUCACGCAAGGCCCAGUCUUCGUAUCUUGGAACUUGGUGGUAGCACGGGAGAAUUGGCCUCAUCCAUCAUCAAAGAUCUGAGUCUUCCCAACGGCGGCUCCCUUUACUAUAGAUAUACCAUGACUGACCCUGUGUCGAGCACUCUCUCCGAACUCAAGAAGCAGUUCCAGAAUGUCGACAACAUGGACUUCCGCACCCUGGACAUCUCCAAGGACCCGGCUGAGCAGGGAUUCAAGGAAGACGACAAGUACGAUCUUAUUGUUGCGACAAACUGCGUCCACGCUACUCCAAGCUUGUCCGGUUCUCUGACCAAUAUCCGUAAGCUUUUGGCGCCCGGAGGUCGACUCCUCUUGCAAGAGCUCAACACACAGACGAAGUGGGCCAACUGCGUUCUUGGCUUCCUCGAUGAAUGGUGGAUUGGCGAAAACGAUGGGCGACCUGAUGAACCCUACGUUUCUCCAGAGCGCUGGGAGGCCGAGUUGAAGCGCGCUGGCUUCGCUGCUCCAGCCAUUGCGCUAGACUCGCCAGCUCCGUACCAGUCACACGCUGUCAUCAUCGCGAGACCGGAAGAAGACACCAAGCCAGCUGAGAAUAAGCAUGUAGCUGUGCUAGCGUACAAGCAGGACGGCAAAAACGUCGAUGCUGUCAGCCAGAAGCUCCAGAGCCGAGGCUACAAGGUCAGCAAGUGUAGUUUCGGAGAUGAGCUGCCGCAAAAGUCACAAUAUGUGAUCAGUCUUCUUGACGAGGAAAGUCCCUUCUUCGAGGACGUUGACCAGCACCGUUUCCAGACUCUGCAAAAGUUCAUUGCCAACAUUGGUGACCGCGGUUUCUUCUGGAUCACCCGCCCAUCUCAAGUGCAGUCUGCGGACCCACGAUAUGCGACUGUGAUUGGUGCCAUCCGCUCCAUUCGUCACGAAGACACCAUCGACUUUGCUACCUGCGAGGUUCAUGAUGUGAGCGCAUCACUAGAUCUGGUCGCCGAUGCUUUCACCCAUUUCCAGAACCAGAAGGAAGAUGACCUCUUCAGGCCCAACUACGAGUACGCGAUUGUCAACGACACUGUCAAUGUACCUCGCUUCUACCCCUUCACGUUUGGCGAUGAGCGCACCUCUAGUCGCGCCGCAAACGAGCGCGUAUCUCUGGUGGCUGAGAAGCCUGGCCGUCUAAACACUCUAGGUUGGGUGUCGCGUCGACCUGAGCCCCUGGUUGGAGACCAGGUCGACGUCGAGGUCUUCUACUCUGAACUCACGAACAAGGAUGUUGCCGAAGUCACGGGCAACAGCCCUUAUCCUGCCGGAGGUCUCGGUAGAAGCGCCGCUGGCAGAAUCUCUGCCGUCGGACCAGACGUCAAGGGUUUCGCUGUUGGCGAUCGUGUAAUUGGUCUUGGCUCCGGAAGCUUCUCCUCACACCUGCGUGUGUCAGAGAAGUUGGUUGAGAAGAUCCCUGAUAGCAUCUCAUUCGAAGAAGCAGCAACUCUUCCUGCUGCGUUCGGAAUGGCGCUUGCGGCUCUGCACACUACCGGAAACCUACAAAUUGGACAGUCUGUUCUCAUCCAUAACUCCACUGGCAAUGUUGGCCUUGCUGCAUUGCAACUCGCAAGGGCAUCGAAGGCAGAUAUUUAUGCCACUGUCAAGACCGAGGAGGAAGCAAAAUACCUCAUUGACAACUUUGGGAUUCCCAGGAGUCACAUCUUCUUCUCCACAGAUGACAGAUUCUUGCAGGGUGUUCUGGAAGCAACGGGUGGGGAGGGUGUUGACAUUGCUCUGAACUCGCUAUCUGGCGACCUCUUGCACGCUACCUGGAAGGCAGUCGCUGAGUUCGGAAAGUUGAUUGAGAUUGGUACUGCGGAUUUGGUUGGUGCGGGUAAGCUGGAGCUGAACGCCUUCUUGGGAGGUAGAAGCUACACUGGUGUCAACUUAGAGGCUCUGGUAACCAAGAAGCCUGCUGUUGUCAAGGGACUACUCCAGUCGACCAUUAAGUAUUUGAAAGAGGGCAGCAUUACUCCACUCAGCUCUCGGGUGGUGUACGAGGCUGCGGGCGUCGACGAUGCCAUCAAGCAUGUGCAAGAGGAAAAAGAACUGAGCCAGGUCGUUCUCCAGCUCAGGGAUGCAAAUGGCGAGCUCAAGGUUAACGCCAACACUAUCAACGUCGCUGAUGACUUGUUCAAGGUUGAUAAGACAGCCUCAUACCUGCUUGCAGGAGGUUUGGGUGGUAUUGGCACCGUCAUUGCCAGGCACUUGGUUGAGAACGGAGCCCGCCGCAUUGUCUGCUUCUCACGAAACCCUGGAUCACGCCCUGAAGACAUCAACACCAUCCGGGAGCUUGAGAGCAUGGGCUGCGAAAUUGUUCUUGUCAAGGGCGACAUCAGCAACAAGGAAGACGUCUUCCGCGCCGUCAAUCAAUCGCCCAACCUCAAGGGUAUUCUCCACUCGCCCAUGUUCCUUCAGGAUGAAGCAUUCCGCAACAUGACGGUGGAGCAGUGGAUCAAAGCCACCGGUCCCAAGGUCAAGGGUGCUUGGUACCUCCACGAGGCUACGGUCGAUGCCGGUAUCGAACUCGACUUCUUCGUGUUCUUGUCAUCCAUGUCUGGUGCCAUCGGCCAGCCUGGUCAAGCCAACUAUGCAGGUGCCAACACCUUCCUGGACGCCUUUGCACUAUGGCGCAACAGCAACGGGCUUCCAGCAUCUUCUAUCGACAUUGGUGCCGUCGCCGACAUGGGCUACGCCGCCCGCGAUCAGCAGCUGCUACAGAGGCUCAUCAAGAACGGCUACUCUGGCGUCACAGAAUCCGAGAUGAUCGAGGCGUUCCGCGCAGCAGCGUCAUACCCCGUGCCCUCGCUCAACGUCGACACAAAGAAGAGCCCCUUUGCCCACAAGAACACAUUCGCUACGGGAUUCGGUUCCGACAAAUCGCUCAGCCACCCCGAGAACCGUACCUUCUGGAAGAAAGACCUCCGCACGGGCGUGUGGUACAACAUCAACGACGGCGACGAGGGCAAUAGCGGCGGUGACAACGAUGCAUUCAAGACAUUCCUCUCCGCUGCCAGGAAUGAUACCGAGACGCUGGCCAAGCCUGAGACGGCCGCCUACUUUGGCGCUGAGGUCGGAAAGCAACUCAUGCGCUUGCUGCUCCGACCCGAUGACGAAGAGCUCGACAUCACGAUGCCUGUGCAGCAACUUGGUCUCGACUCGCUUGUCGGCAUCGAGCUGCGCAACUGGUGGAGGCAGACGUUUGGCUUUGAUAUUAGUGUGCUGCAACUUUUGGGCUUUGGUACGUUGGAGGAACUGGGUAAGCAGGCUGCGGGUGGAUUGGCUAAGGCUCUUGGUGGUAAAUGA